AGAUUUAUUGCCUGAAAUGCUUGAUACGGUUAAGUACGCAAGACCUACUGAAAUCAUGAAUGCGAGUGCAACUGCCAAUUAAGACGUGGAAGCAAGCAUGCAAAUAUGCUAGUUCUGUGCCGUCGGUUCGACCGAGUUGACGAGAUUUUUAAAUUCUUAUUGGUUUCCCGUGUGAUCAUCUGGCAGCCGUUUAAAGCCCAUGAAGAGUGGGUGGUAUAAAUAAACGUAUGUACUUAAAGAGCUGCCAUUAAAAGAAGACAGUUAGAGCUACUGCUAAUUUUGAAAGGUCUCAUUGUGCAAACAAUAUGUGAAUAGUCACGUUAAUUCAUUUAACAUGUUAACUAAUAUGGAAGUUAGUAGAAUUAUAAUAGUCACGUUGUUGAUCUUCUCAGAAAAAAGUAUUGGUGCGGAUGCACGUGGAUAUUGGCAACCCAGCAAGCUUCUGUUAAGGUCAAUUCCAUUCUCUGUGGUACAAGAGAAAGACGCAUCAAUGGACUCAGCGGCUUACAAUGAGAUAAAUCGAAGUCCUCCGUUUACUGACAAGGGAUUUAAAUCAAAACAGAAAGUUGAUCUUAAAGACCAAAUUCGUAGCAGGCCUUUAUCCGGACCAAGUACGGUACAAAACGAAACAGCUGGACUAGUUUUAUCGAGUAAUGAGCCCUCUGCCUAUGAAAACAAUGGCCGCGAUCAUGCGUUAGACAAGCGGUUGACAGAGCUGAAUUAUACGGCCGCAUUCAAUGAAUUCAUUGAAGACAAAAUAGUUGGCGGUGUUUCUACUGAACCCCGCGAAUGGCCUUGGCAGGCCUCUAUACAGUAUCUAGGCGACGAUCGGCGCUGGUGGCAUUUCUGUGGCGGAAGUCUGGUCUCUCCACGAUGGCUGGUCACUGCGGCACACUGCGUGGAACGGCUUCAGGAUUAUACCAUCCGGGUUGUAGUUGGCGAGUAUCGGCUUAGCGUAUUGUCUCACCAAGAGCAGGUUGUCAACCCAGAGAAAAUUUUCAUGCACGGAUACUUCGAUACAGUGUCCUAUCUGUAUGACAUUGCCAUGGUCAAGCUGGUACACAACGUUUCUAUUAAUUGGAAUGUGCAAGUGAUACAGGCCAUAACCCCGAGACAAGACACGGAGAACAAUCACGCCAACUGCCACAUUGCGGGCUGGGGAAACGUCAUAGGCUCCACGACCGAUGUGUUCCUGUCGGAUAUCCUGCUGCAGAGCCCUAUGAAAGUACUGCUCCACAGCGAGUGCAGCGUCCAUAACUACGAUCUAUCGAACUCCCAGCUGUGCGUGUUCAGCCACGUCGCAUCGGCAUGCAUGGGUGACAGUGGCGGUCCGUUGGUAUGCGCCAUGGGAAGCGAAUGGCGGUUGACAGGUGUGGCGUCUUGGAUUUCCAGCAGCACGUGCGCGCCCUCCUAUCCGAACGUGUAUACGCGCCUGUCCUUCUACAUGGACUGGAUGAACACGGUCAUCAACUCUAAGUAGAGACCGCGCAUGCGUAGAGGGUUGUAUUGUGGCAUUUCCGUUGUCAAUCGAAAUGACAAAAAAC